AUGUACACUUUCUUUCUUCGCAGUAUCUAUUUUAUGUUGAAAGAAAAUAUGCAUUGUCACGAGACCGCGAUUCACAAGUAUCUUGAACACAGCWUAACAUGGAUCUUGCACAGCAGCAAUUUUUUUUUCCAGCUUAUAAAAGCCGUCGUGAUACUUUUAAUAUCUUUACAAGUGCCAUUAGGAGUGGGCAACUUUCCCUUGAACCAUCGUCUACUGGCUGGCUUUCACGGGAACCCCUAUUUGGGGCGGGACGUUUUUUCACGAAUAGCUCGCUAACAAUGGUUGUUUUGGAGAAAUACUGGUGAGACCGCGGGAUCGUUUUUACAACUGGUUUGUGAUCUAGCACCAAAUAUAUUUCAGAUGAAUGUUCAUGGACAACCUCGACAGCGGCAACGACGUCAAAAGUUAAAUAUAAUUAAUCAGUUCUUGUUAGCACUUAUUUGGCUAAGAAAAUAUCCCCAUGUCGACACCCUGACUUUGUGGUUUGACAUUGAUCCARUGUCCGUUAUACGAAUAAUCWAUAAACUGUUACCUGAGCUCUGGCAGUACUUUCACAAUCAAAUAAGGUGGCUUAACAACAACGAAUGGGCAAAUCUGAUGGGAAAUUGGCCCGAAUUUCCAACUGCUGUAGGGGCCAUAGACUCCACCCCACAUGAAAUCUAUCGUCUGUCAAUCGAGCCUCAGAGGCCAUUCUACAGUGGACAUCGCCAUUAUCAUUGCUUCAAAACUCAGCUAAUAGUAGAUGAUGGACAUGAGGGACAUCUGCGUUUUGUACAAGCUGUUUUUUUAGGUAGUACGCAUGACGYCACUUCAUACCGGCUAAUGACACCCAUCGGACCUGGACAACCCUUGAGCUUACCUGCCAACGCCGUCUUUCUAGCAGACAAAGCGUAACCAGGUGACAGAUGCCUACUUACACCAAUACGGGCUGCAUAAAUGCGUAUUUUACAAGGUAGAGGCCGAAGGCGGGCKCGGAGAUUUAACAGAUAUUUAUCGAGAAGACAAAUCAAG